AUGCCUUUGGUGCUUUUAACUUUGAUUGUGCUUCUGCACGUGAGCGUCGGGGUUAGGUUGCCGAUACCUUUUAGUCGGUGCCCUGAAGUCUUCAGAUAUGCGAGUGACGGUGACUUCGGUGAAGUAUAUGGGGUGAUGACUUUUGAAAAUGAUCAUUCUGGAACUUAUCGAGUCGAAUUGAAUAUGAGCAUUCCUGCUUUUACUAAUCAGAAUUUAGUCAUAAGAAGAGUAACGACAAACAGCGAUCUGCAAACCGGAUCCGAUUUGAUGUACUACGUCAGUUUCCCGAUGUCCGAUCAUGUACCUGAAGUUACCAGCGUUGUGUUCAAUCAACACGUAUAUUGCGCCUAUAAUCCUGCACCGGGGGAGGGCACUUUUUUGACAGCCUUCGAUUUCGUUUCGAUGCCAGUAUCGUACCAACGCAUGCGUGUGACCACGCGACCUACCACGGUACGACCGCCUUUUGCGUUUCACAAACACCAAGAGCACGAAACCGUCGAUUAUCAACGACCUGUUCCUCGCCCUCCGACGGACCCCUCAACGACGACAACUGAAACUCCAACGGUAAUUCUGCACAACCGCCACUCUGAAGUGUUCGAGUGCGGCACGGUGGAGGAUGACACCCAGGCUCUCGUCGUGCACGGAGCGCCGACGUCCGAGGGUCAGUACCCGUGGCUCGUCGCCAUGUUUCAUCAUAUGGAGACCGGCGAGUACAAGUUCAAGUGCUCCGGCAACCUCAUCUCCAACGAGCACGUGAUAACGGCCGCGCACUGCGUGCGCCGGGACAAAACGGAGAACAUGCCGAAGGAAAACGUAAUCUUGGUCCUCGGAGACCGUCGGACGGAGACGUUGCGAUCUUGGUGA